UGUGUAAGCCAGCAGCACCCACAAGAACAAAAGGUACACAGAGAGAGAAAGAGAGAGAGAGAAAGACAAUGUCUUCCCCAAGCAAACGCCGAGACAUGGACUUGAUGAAGCUGAUGAUGAGUGAUUACAAGGUGGAGAUGAUCAACGAUGGCAUGCAGGAGUUCUUUGUGGAAUUCCAUGGACCUAAAGACAGUCCUUAUCAAGAAGGUGUGUGGAAGAUAAGAGUGGAGCUACCUGAUGCUUAUCCUUAUAAGUCUCCGUCUAUUGGUUUUGUCAAUAAAAUUUACCACCCUAAUGUUGAUGAAAUGUCUGGUUCAGUUUGCUUAGAUGUUAUUAACCAAACCUGGAGUCCCAUGUUUGACCUUGUUAAUGUGUUUGAAGUGUUUCUUCCUCAGCUUCUUCUGUACCCUAACGCAUCAGAUCCAUUGAAUGGUGAUGCUGCUGCUUUGAUGAUGCGAGAUCAUGCUGCAUAUGAACUAAAAGUCAAAGAAUAUUGUCAAAAAUAUGCCAAGCCAGAAGAUGUUGGAGCUUCUCAGGAGGAAAGUUCUAGUGAGGAUGAGCUGAGUGAAGAAAAUUAUGCCUCUAGUGAUGAGGGCCUUGCUGGCCAACCUGAUCCUUAAAAUUUACAUACAAUGCCUGCCUUAUUUACAGUCUUGCUUGUAAAUGAUAUGAUAUUUGGGUCUUGGAAUUGGAAGAGAGAUCAAUUCUGAAGGUUGAAGGAAAAAUUCUCACCUUUAAUCUUUCUAUUUCAUGGUGGUUGUGUAAAUUGAUUUAUGAUUUAAAUGUUUGAGAUAUUUACUUUUGUAACUUGAAGGUUCAAGUUGG